CCACGUACCGGAAGUGGCAGUUAUGGACACUAUGAUGGGAUUAGGACGCCUCCCGACCAAUGUCCGGCCGACUCAUUACGACCUCACUCUAGAGCCGGAUUUGAAGGCAUUCAGGUUCCGCGGGAGUGUGAAGAUUAGAUUGGAGGUGCUGGAAGAGACUACUUCAGUUACUCUCCACGCAGUCGAUCUGGCAAUCCACGAUGUUGGAGUUUCUAGCCUGCAAGUGGCCAGUCUAUCACACAACAAAGACAAGCAAACCGUGACUGUCCAUCUCACUGAGCCCCUCCCGGCUGGAGAGACAACAUGCCUCUCUCUCCGCUUCGAGGGUGCGCUGAACGACAGCAUGGCUGGCUUCUACCGGUCCAGCUUCACACACCCAGAUGGCAAGAAACACUUCCUCGCUGUAUCUCAAAUGGAGCCGACCGAUGCCCGACGCGCGUUCCCCUGCUUCGACGAGCCAGCACUCAAGGCAACCUUUGCCGUGAUCUUAGUGGCAGCCGACCACCUCACCUGCCUCAGCAACAUGGACGUCAAAUCCGAACGAAGCAUCGAACCGGCCAAGAAGGAAGUUGUAUUCAACACGACGCCUCCUAUGUCGACGUACUUCGUUGCGUUUCUGGUCGGAGAAUUGACCGUCAUCGAGACGGACAUCUACCGCAUUCCUGUUCGUCUUUUUGCCACGGUAGGCACUGACCUCGACCGAUUGGGAUUGUUUGCCUUGGAGCUUACGGCGCGGACGCUCGCCUUUUACGAUGAGGAACUUGUCAGCCCUUUUCCGCUGCCCAAAAUGGACAUUGUCGCGGUGCCGGAUUUUGUAGGCGCGAUGGAGAAUUGGGGACUGAUCAUUUAUCGCGAGGCGGAUCUGCUAAUCGAUCUUGAUGUGAGUCCCAUCAUAUCGAAGCAGCGUGUUGUGUUGUUGGUGCAGCAUGAGUUGGCGCAUCAGUGGUUUGGGAAUCUGGUCACUAUGGAGUAUUGGGAUGGUCUGUGGCUCAACGAGGGCUUUGCUACCUGGAUGGCCUGGUAUGCGUGUGAUGCCUUUUAUCCCGAAUGGGGAGUGUGGCAGAUGUACGUCGCAGAGAAAUUGCAGCGCGGACUGACCUUGGAUGCGCUUCGCAGCUCACAUCCAAUUCAGGUUCCGUUGCGUGGGGGAGACGAGAUUGGUCAGAUCUUUGACGAUAUUUCGUAUGCCAAGGGGGCGUGUGUGUUGCGCAUGAUCGCUGGCGCUCUGGGGGAGGAGGUAUUCUUGCAGGGAGUGCGACUUUACCUCCGUAGGCACGCCUAUGGAAACGAAACGACGGAGGAUCUGUGGGCAGCUUUGACGGAGGCGAGUGGUCAGGACGUGGGCAAGAUGAUGCUCGCCUGGACGCGAGAGUCGGGUUUUCCCGUCUUGACAGUAACGGAAGAUGCAGCCACAGAUACAAUCCACGUCAAGCAGACACGGUUCUUGGCAACGGGAGACGUCCAACCCGGCGAGGAUAACACGAUCUAUCCAAUAUCUCUGGGGUUGCGGACGACCAACAGCGUCGCCACCGAUCUCAUGUUGACGGCCCGCGAAGGGACGUUUCCUGUGGGCGGUCUGGGCUUCUUCAAACUAAAUGCAAACCAUAUUGGCUUCUACCGCACAGCCUACUCGCCCGACCAGCUGAAGAAGCUGGGAGAGACUGCUGCUCGAGGUUCACUUACCGUGGAAGACCGCGUCGGUCUCAUCGCCGACGCGGCUGCCCUGGCGGCUGCAGGCUACCAACAAACAACUGACGUGUUAUCGCUGCUCAAGACCUUCAAGUCAGAAACCAAAUUUGUUGUGUGGAAGCAGAUGCUUUCAAGUAUCGCUGCCAUGCAUGCAGCCUGGGUGCACGUCCCAGAGACUCAAAGCGCUCUGCAAGCUUUCGAAAGAUACCUCGUCAGUGACAAAGCACAUGAGCUCGGCUGGACUAUCGACGAUGACGACAGCCAUGUUGUCCGACAAUUCAAAACUCUACUCUUCGAACGUGCUGUGCUGAUAGGUGAUAAAACUGCCCAGCAGGCGGCACAAAAGAUGUUCGCAGGGUUCCGUACUGGCGAGCGAUCUGCCAUUCAUCCAGACCUGCGUGCGACGGUCUUUGCAUAUACUCUUCAAAACGGUGGAGAAUCUGAGUACAACAUCAUCCUGGAGGAGUAUCGCACGGCCCCCACAAGCGAUGAUCGCAUUACAGCACUAGCAGCACUUGGACAUGCGCGCGACCCACAACUCGUGGAACGCACCACGUCCAUGCUGCUGAGCGAAGAGAUACGUCUGCAAGACAUCCAGGUUCCCAUGACUACCCUGCGGACUCAUCCCAACGGGAUCUCAGGGCUAUGGAGGUGGAUGACGCAGAACUGGCCCGUCGUCAAGCAACGACUGUCAUCCGGGCUUGUAGUUCUCACGCUGGUGAUCGGACUGUGUACGAGUAGGUUCACGACGGACGAGCAGCGGGAGGAAGUAGAAUUCUUCUUCCGCAAGAAUGGCACGGAGGGGUUCGACAAGGCGUUGCAGCAGAGUCUGGAUGAGGUUCGAACCAAGACGAGAUGGGUUGAGCGAGAUGGAGAGGAUGUGCGCAAGUGGCUGGAAAGGUUUCAGGGAAGGAACACGUUUUGGGGCUCUCGUAGCUGUAUCGUGUCCUAAUUUGGGGAUCAACCGAAACCAGAAGCUGGACGUUUCACGGAAGUCCUACCUAGAUAAGUAUAUAUAUCUUCUCGAUCGACG